AUGGUACCAUUAGAGCCGAAUCAGAUCAAGGCAAGACGUGUGAUAGAAGAUGAUAGCAAUGGUAAAUUUCUGAAAGAGACGGAGUGGGGUGCUAAAGUUUACCUGGGAUCUGGAUCUGUGCCGAUUCUAUACGUGGCUCGAGACAAGUUGCCAGAUCCGCUGGAGCUGUAUUCCAAGAUAUUAGACAUGGGAAAUGAGUACGGAUUGGUAAAAUUGGUAGUGGAAGGGGAAGAAGGACAGAGGGAAAGAGAUUCGCUUUCAAUUCUUUCAUUGCAUGCAGAUAUAGUUUGGUUUAGAUCGCGAACACAAUUUCUCAAGUCUUUCAAAACGCAAAGGAGGAAAAUUUUACGAUUCCACAGGAGAUUGUAUUCGUGUCAUAAGAAUCUUGGUCAUGUUAUUAACAAAGUACCUAGCAUUGAUAAGAGAACACUAGACCUUUAUAGAUUGUGGAGAUGCGUUCAGUUGAGAGGUGGAUAUAAGCAAGUUUGUCAAAGAAAGUUAUGGGCACAAAUAGGAAGAGAAUUAGGUUAUUCGGGUAGAAUUAUGAGUUCGUUGUCAACGUCUUUAAGGUCCGCAUAUGUCAAGGUAUUGCUAGAUUUAGAACUGGAUCCUCGGUUUUUGCAAGAUGAAGAAAAAUCAGACAUAGCCCGUGAUAGUAACGGUAUAUUUGAAGUUUCAAAUUCUAAACCUGACAUUAAGUUGCUCAAGGGUUUGAAAAAAUUCAAAGGAUUUAAAAGUAACUCCCAUAAUAUUUAUGAAUCAAAGAAAAAUUUCAAUACAAACUAUUUGCCAGGUUACGAUUUAACAAAUUGGAUACAUUCAUUAGAGACUUAUGAUACCGCACAGCAUGAGAAAAAAAAUUUAUCGAUGUACAAUCUAAGACAAUAUUAUGAAAAGUCUAUUGAAUAUGAUGAAAAAUUAGGCCAAUUGAAUCAAGGGGAAAUUAGUUUAUCGCAUUUUGAAAAAAUUUAUUGGCAAAAUCUAGCAUCCCCAAUUACCAUAGAUGUCGACACUUCACUAGAUCUGCCAUCGGUUAAACAUAAUUUCAAUCUGCUAACUUGCCUGCAGCCAUCAGAACGUGAAAAAAUGCUAAAAGACCCUUGGCAGUUAAAUCGCUUACCCUUGCAUAGGGAUUCUCUAUUAAAAUUCUUAGAUCUUGAUCUGGGAGAAUUUACUUACUCCCAUAUUGAUGUAGGAAUGCUUUUUUCUACUAAAUCUUGGUCAAUGGGGCCACUAGGUAUGCCGAGCUUGCACUAUAAUCAUUUAGGAUCAACCAAAAUCUGGUAUUCGGUACCGCCAAGCCAAUGGGAUAAAUUUCAAAAUUUACUGAAGGAAUUGAAUCAUAAGAAUUCAGUAAAAGAAAAUGAGGCAGAAGAGGAAGAUGAUGAAGUUAACGAUGUUAAUGACCAAACUUUUGAUGCAACGUUUAAAUUUUCCGAUAUUCACAAGAGUUUCUUAGAGACAAAUCAAUUGGAUCAGGAUGGAAAAAUUAACGUACAUAAUAUAUUCGAUAAAGAACCCCCACUAAAUGAAGAAAGACUCACGAACGAACUAGUCAUCACACCCGAUGUAUUAACAAGGAAUGGGAUCACAUUAAACAAAAUAACACAAGAAUGUGGAACAUAUAUUUUUAAAUUUCCACGAACUCAUACUUUCAAUGUGGAUACAGGAUUUUGUCUAUCUGAAUGUGCAAAUUUUGCCCCCUUUUCAUGGUUAGAUAAGCAUUGGUUCAAAACUAUUGAAAAUGAUCGAAUAAUUUCACCAUUACCAAGAAUUGAUCCAUUCCAAUUUUUAAUGAAAAUAUUUUUAAAUUCUAACGAUUCACUAACUAUUGACAAGUGUCGAAAUUUAUUAAAAGAUCCAAUUGAAAAAGAGUUACGCAAUAGGGUAUACGUUCAACAUAAAUUCAUCUCAAAAACCCAAAUCGUGGAGAAUCGAUUUGAUUACAUCUCUGAUCUCUCGUUACAACCAACAGGGGCAUCUAAAGUUGUGCUGUGUAACGAUUCAGAUUGCGUAACUCUUUCCCUAAGAGAAUUCCUGGAUAUGGUAGUAAUAACUGAGAAUGGGUCAGAAGAAAUUUUCGGUUUAAGUAUUGAUGAUAGAACUUUACAAGUUCAAUUGCACCUAUAUUAUGACGACUCAAUUCUAAAACGAAUUAUUGAUUUACCGUAUUCGGAAUCUAAAGAGUCAAACAUUUUUGAUAAUAAAGAUUUGGACAGCUUAGUUAACGUUCAAUAUGCAAAUAAACGUAUCGCUAUGAGCUGUGCAAAGGAAAUUUUAAGUACCCGUAGUGGUCAUGGUGUUAUGCCAUUAAUCGACGCCUUAAAACAUGCCGAGUUGCUGAAAUCUGAAUGUGGAACUAUAUUGGAGAGAGUUGCCGCUGAAUUAAUCAAUCCAUCAUCCAUAAUCGUUAAACAAGGUGAAGGUUUUAAUCUUGUAGAUUUACUAAGCCAAAGUAGUGGAUUUUGUGAUUUGGAAACUUUGGGGAGAAUAGAAUCAGAAAUUAAACAGUGCUCAAUUGAAUUUCCGGAAAUGACACAAUUUUUACAGUUAUGUGAAGAAGUAAAUGAAAUUCAAUCAGAAGCUCAAAUGGCAAUGAAGAAUCAGGAUUUGGAAAUUUUAGAGAAAUGUUUUGCCCUAAAUUGUUCACUUGGUAUUAAGAACGAUUUAAUCGCAUUUACAAUUGGUAAAUUAUCAUGGCUCCGAGUUUACCAUGACGUGUUCGAAAAUCCAUAUCAUGCCAGAUUUGAAGAAAAUCCAAAGGAUUAUUCACUAGAUGCUAUGUCAUGGUUUCUUAUCUUUGGUACUAAAUAUUGUGGACCUGAAGAUUUGGACAAAUUAAAUAGGGUGAAAACUACAAUUGCCAAGACUCAAGCUUUAAAUGCCAAAUUUCAUGAAUUGUUCAAAGGUAAAAAGCCCAAGUUCAAAAUUUCGGUCCAAGAUAUUGCCUCCUUGUCAGCGGCUAUCAAUCAAGAAAAAUUACCACUAAAUCCUGAACUUGUAAAACUACUGAAGGCUAUUGCGGAAAGUGUUGAUAAAGUUAGAGAAAAUAUGGUUCCUAUUUGGAAGAUGCUAUCUGUUGAUGAACAACUUAUCGAACAAUUAAAAUUUCUCAUCAAGAAUGAAUCCAUUAAAUCAUUCGAACUUUUCCCUAAAUUUAACGGUGGACCUGAUGAUAAGCGAAUACAAUUAAAAGAUGUUAGUGAGCAAAAACUUUUCAUUAAACAACGUAAAGCAUGUAAACUUUGGUUAGCCGAUGCUUCCCGACUUUGCUCCAAGAAUGGGAUUGAUAAACUUAAACAUCGUUUAGAAAAUUGCUUAGAUUUAACUAAAGAUGUAAUAAGAGCACCAGGUGAACCAACCGCUUUAUACUGCUUUUGCAGAGAAGCUGAUAAUGGUGCUACGAUGGUUGAAUGUGAGAUUUGUAAAGAGUGGUACCACACAAAAUGUAUUAAGAAGGGUAGUUGGAAAUUACCCGAUGAAAGUGUGUUCAUCUGUUCAUUAUGUUCCCCAGAUGAUACGAUUCAAGAUGAAUAUGCUAAUUGUGUCGAUUUCAAUGAUGUUACAAAUUUAGUAUUAGAGUCUCUAGACUUGAAAUUAUUACCUGAUCGAAAUAUGGUUUUCGAUCUGUUUACGAUCUAUGGUAAGAUGAUGGUGUUUAAGAAAAAGAUGGAACGAGAACUUUUUCAAGACAAUGGUCAAUUGAAUCCCGAUAUACCGUUACACAAUGUCAAAUUUUUUUUGAGGAAAGCUUAUGGUGCUAAAUGCAAUUUUGGUAAUGUGAACAAAAUAUUGAAAGAUUACUGUAAAUCUCGAGAUGCAGCACCAAUUGACCAAAUGGCUAAGAGUGGACAUAUUGUAGUUACUGAUCAACCCCAACAACUCAAACAAGAAAAACCGUCAUUUUCAUCUUUUGCUGAGAACACCGAUAAUGAAGAUGAGAAGAACAAGGCAGUCUAA